UUCUUUCGAACUAUCGGUGAAUGUUUUAGUGCGAGUCCUCCGUGUCUUUGAGUUUCUAUCGGCGCCGGCGUUCGGAUCCGUCGUUGCUUUAGAAGCGAGCAACGCGAACAAAAGUAACAGCUUCACCAUGUUUGUCCACAAGUAUCGUUCUCCUGUACCUUGCAUUCCUAAAAUAUCUAUAAACCGUUGGACCGAUUUUAUUUCCGAUUUUUACGUACAUUACAAACUUUUAUUGAAUUUACUGAAUAGAAAACAUACUCUGCACAGUAUUGUUUAUAAUUAUUCAAAGGAUAAAAUGUAUUUUCUAAGAAAUUGGAAAAACGAAUUCUCUACCAUUUCUGCAUAAAUGUAUUUUAAACGAUUAGAAAGGCAAUCUGCAGCGGGGCGAAUACACGUAAACUACAAGUAACGACGAUAGAAAGCUGUCUGUGAAAAAGAGUGUUCAUCUUGUAACAGCCUGCUGGUAGUAACGUACAUUUAAAACAAACUAUAAAUCGUCUGCACUUUAUCGAUAUUUUUCCAAUACUUACGUGUACGCUGUUGAUGAAUCGACUAAUUGUAGGCGAGUGCAAAAAUACGUAUGGCGAAUCCUUGAUCCUGUUGACAGUUUUUGUACAGAAGCAGAGGUAGUGGGUACCUAGACGUCGCGUCGACAAAUAGGAAAUUUUCACCGGUGGAAUUAACGAACCUAAAAGAGAUUUCUGGUCAAAUUACUGCCGCGAAACUAACCAUUCGCUGUAGCUAUUAUGCCAGUCACCGUUACGGUUAAAAACUCUGUAGAUUUGCGCUUACAAUUCCAUGUUUCGUAAUUGCGUUUAUUUGUACCCGCGCGUUUCGUUAUUUUCACGGUGAGAAGAACCUCACCUAGCUCGCCUUUCAACAGACUCGUAUGCAAUUUUACAUACCAGUUACAUAUUUAUUACAUUUUCAUUAUUUCAAAGAAACUGCUAGAUUCAGGUGACUAUACGUAAAGUAGAACGUCUUUUAAAAGUGACUUUUAAACGGGAGACGCUGGGAGCAUUUAAUAAUUUUUCUAUGCACUCGUAUGCGGAAUUUAUGCGUGCAGUCGUCACACGGUGUACGGGAGCUGACUUUCGUAAAUUUUCCAAGGCAAACUGCGGAACGAAUUACUCGUGUAAAAAUCAACCAGACGCAAAUUAAAACGAACGCAUUGGUUUUGGUACAUAUUUUGGUUUCGCGAGGUCUCGCAGGUCUCGCAUCCAAUAUUUAAUCUUUAAUCUUUUCAUUGAUGCUCGAAUUACACAGAUUCGUAAAUCACGGCAAUUAUUCCCGGCGGCGACCGUCCGUUCUGUUCCUUCAGGAGAGACGAAAGAGUCACGCACCGUGAUAACAACGUCCCCAUGAGAAUCCAACAACGAAAGCGAAACCACCGGGUCCAAUUAUGUCCACGGUUCGUCGUGUCGUGACGACGACCGACCAACAGAGUAGGUGUAUCGCUAUAUAUUCGAGAAAUCACCUUCGUGUCGUUCAGUUUCUUCGAAACCGAUUCAUACGACAGUCUAUCAAAGAAACAUUCGUUUGCUCUUAUUUGCUUUUGCCCCGAACAAGAUGUCGCUAAAUUUUCGAAACUUUAUUUUUCUGCUUCUGACUGGGACAACGGUUGUCAGAAGUAGUCCGAAACUCGCCGAUGGAGGAUUCAUUCCGAGUUCUAUGAUUUACUUGGAGAAGAGCCGAAAAUCCCCCGCAGACCAGCCAACUAUGCCAUCCCAUGUCGAUCUACGAAGCGAAACGACGAUGAAACGCGACGACACGAAUGCCAAUGAUAUCACGAACCGCAUUCAAGAACCUCGAUUUGGUUUCACCAACAUCGGCAGUACAGGGACCGGUUACGGAGCGUCAACUUAUGCGCCAGCAAAGAUAGACCUGGGUGGACUGUUACUGGGCGCAAUCAUUGGAGUAGGUUCAAUCCUAAUCAUACCCAAAUUGUUGUAUGUCCUCUCCGGCACCUAUGGUCACUAUGCAAGAAGCGAGGAAAACGGUGUUUCCGAAAUUGUAACCAAACUGGACGACGUUCUGGCUCGUCACGGCAUCGACUCGACCUCCUGUAUGCAACGUGCUGUGUGCAGCUACUCGCAACGAGCAGCAGCGUCGUCCAGCAAACAGGCGAACCAGCUCGACGACGAUCAACAAGAAGAACAAGUCUCGUCGUUGGAUCGAAUGAUCGAUGCGAUAACAACGAAUCGGAUAUUUCGUACGGCCAUGGAAGGAACAGCGAUUCAGGAAGCGGUGGAAGCCGGAAGAACCGGUCGAAAUUGUUCAAAGUCUUAUCCUCACUGUGGCUUUUCCAUGGAGACGAUCUUGUCCCUUGUCUCGAACGCGAUGACCGCUGUUGCCGCGGUAAACGCAGUACCAUCGACGACAGCCACUCUAUCCUGAACG